ACUGCCUGAACCAGACCAACCGUAUCAGCAUCAGCGUACCGGCCGCGGAGGAGCCAUCUCUCUCUCUCUCUCUCUCUCUCUCUCUCUCUCUCUCUCUCUCCAGGCGCAUCAAGCCAUGGCUGCUCCCAAGAAGACGAUGAGAGCUCUGCGGUACGACAAGUAUGGUGGAGGAGCUGAAGGCCUAAAGCAUGUGGAAGUGCCGGUCCCAUCCCCGAGCAAGGGGGAGGUGCUGCUCAAGCUGGAGGCGGCCAGCAUCAACCCCAUCGACUGGAAAAUUCAGAAGGGCAUGGUCCGGCCCUUCCUGCCUAGGAAGUUCCCCUUCAUACCAGUUGGAGACAUGUCUGGCGAAGUGGUAGAGCUAGGCAGCGGUGUGACCGACUUCAAGCCAGGUGACAAGGUCAUCUCCAUCAGUUUCCCGAAUGGAGGCGGGCUAGCCGAGUACGCGGUGGCGCCGGCGUCGCUCACAGUGGCACGGCCGCCGGAGGUGUCCGCGGCGGAAGGCGCGUCUCUGCCCACGGCCGCGUCCACCGCGCUGCAGCAGCUCAAGGCCGCGGGGGUAAGCAGCUUCGACGGCGGCUCCGGCUCCGGCUCCGGCUCUGGCGCCGACAGUGACGGCCCCAAGAACGUGCUGGUCACCGCGGCCUCCGGCGGCGUGGGCCACUACGCCGUACAGCUGGCCAAGCUGGCGGGGCUCCGCGUCACGGCCACCUGCGGCGCGCGCAACCUGGGCCUCGUCGCGGGCCUGGGCGCCGACGAGGUGCUGGACUACAAGACCCCCGAGGGCGCCAGGCUGCUGAGCCCGUCGGGCACCAGGUACGACGCGGUGGCGCACUGCGCGACUGGCACCCCCUGGUCGGUGUUCGCGCCGGUUCUGGCCGACAGGGCCACGGUCGUCGACGUCACCCCGGGGGUCGCCGCCGCGGCCAAGUCGUUCCUUCAGAAGGUCACCUUCUCCAGGAAGAGGCUGGUGCCGCUGGUCCUGAUCCCCAAGAAGGAGGAGAUGGAGUGGCUGGUGGAGAUGACCAGGCAAGGGAAGCUCAGGACGGUGGUCGACUCCAGGUACUCGUUGAGCAGAGCGCAGGAGGUGUGGGCCAAGAGCAUCGAUGGGCAUGCCACCGGCAAGAUCGUCGUGGAAAUGGGCGGUGCUGCAGAGUGAACCCGGCAAGCGGGCAUGCGUGCACAUUGUGUUGGUUUGUUCAUGGAUUGUUCUCUCUGUUCGAUCAUCGCGACAGCCAUUCAUAAUAAGCCAUCCAUCUGAUGGAAGAGAACUUUGCACACCAACACACUAC